AUGUCCUCACCAUCCACACCACGGUCGACGCGUUCCGUGUCGCCCGCGGGCGAUUCGCCGAACAUUAUUACGCCCGGCCAGAAGAUCAAGGCUAUGAUGGCUCAAUUUGACAGCGAUUCGGAGGACGACACUCAAAUUGCCAAGUCAACAGAUGCGGUCUCGAAGCUUGACCUAGGGCGUGUUUCGGUGCCGGCUGCUGCUACACGCACGAAUGGCCCAUUGCACGACUCAGAAGAGGAUUCAGACAGUGCAGAUGAGGUUUUCCGACCAAAGGGUCGUAUGGCCGCCCGCUUACAGGGUAGUGCUGGACCAGCUGUCACCAACGACGAAAUUUCGGCAUUUGCCCGCGUGUCCAAGGCCAUCCGAUCAGAAAAAAAACAGGGCGAGAAACCCGAGGAGACAGAACCACAACCCACGCCCAUCGGCGAAUCUAGUGAUGACGAUCUACCUACGGCUGGCCCGAGGAGAAAGCAUAAAUCCACAACCAACUCCCCCAGGUCUGAUAACAGAACGAGGCAAACCCCUCCCCGUUUAAGAUCCGACUCUCCCCUCUUCGUAUCCUCCCCAGGUGAACCGCACGCCGACCCAGACACCGAAAACGAAGAUACCGAAACCCCCACUGAGAUGAAACCUAAGGGAAACGCCCGUUUCAUGGCUCUUGUCGCUCAAAAGCGCAAGGAACGCGAGGAACGAGAGAAAGCCGAGGCCACAAAGAAGGCCAUCCGAAAAGCCCAGCUGGAGCAGUUCAGCUCACAGGUACUCUCAGGCGAGGAGAGCGAUGCUGAAGAUCCGAGUUCUGCGAGCAAGCUCCCCCAGAAGGCCCGUCAGCCCCGGAAAGCCAGCAAAAAGGCACUGGAUGAGAUGAGGCAAGAGACUCAGCGAAUGAGCCGUAACAUGCAACUAGCUCACCAGGCCAAGACAAAAAAGAAGAUCACCAAAGAAAGUCUCUUUGCCAAAUUCAACUUCAUGCAACCCGAUACACUGUCCGAGCAACCCGCAGUAAAUUCAUCAUCGGCGGUCGGAUCACAAAAUUCCUCUGAUGGAGAACUACGCACCAAAACCAAAGAUACCCCGCAUACUUCUCCAGUUCCCAGUCAUUUAGAUGCUACCAAGUCCACCGCUGAUUCAGAGCAUGCCCAAGUACGAACAGCUGAUGUGGAUAUGGAUGCGGACACUGAAGAUUUGCCUGACCCGAAAGACCUCCUGGUGCCAGAUCAGGAUCCUGUAUUGUGCAAGGGCAAUGCAGUCCAAGAUAUCUCGAUUUCUGUGCCUGAAUCUAAAUCAGAGGGUGCCAAACUGAAGAGAGUUUCGCGCCCACUGAAACAGCCACCUAUCCGCGUGCUGCUUUCCAGGCAACAGGUUGCUGCACACCAGAAAGAUUCAGAUGAUUCCGACAGUGAUCUUGAGGUGGUAACAGACCCUGGCAAAUGCCGUCGCCUCGCAGCGUUCGAAAACCUGCCUACUAGACAGCUGCAUGAAGACCCCUCUAUGACCAAGCUCAAGGCACUAGCACACCUGACAUCUCCUACGCGAAAAACGGCUUCCAUGAACUCUGCAGAACUUUCCGCGAGUCUAUUAUGGCGGGCCCGACAGCAAGCGGCCAAGGAGCGCCAGGAGCGCAUUGAGGAGCUCAGGGCCAAGGGUGUGGUUAUAGAAACAGCAGAGGAGCGUGCAGCGAUGGAAGAUGACAUGGAAAACCUUGUUGACAGGGCACGCAAAGAGGCAGACGAAAUCCGCCGACUGGAAAAAGCUGCUAGGAAGAAGGCCAAUGGUGACGAUGAGGAAGAAGAGGAUGAUGACUACGAGCUUUCCGGCUCUGACCAGGAGGGUGAUGGCGAAGGAGACGAUGAAGAUGACCAAGAGGAAGAAAACGAGCGCGUCAAUCGCGGCGGGGACCUCAUCGAACAGGAGGCCGAUGAAGACGACGAUUCGGCCGACGACGAGAGUGAGGCCGCUCCUUCAGAUGCAGAGAACGAAAUGCCUUUUGCGAGACGGAAACGACGAAUUCGAGUGAUUAGCGAUGACGAAGAUGAAGACGAACCACAAGCACCCUCAACGCCUGCAAGAGCCCAGAGUUAUGUUCCGAAGUCCGUCGAACGGCCCAACUUCCUUGGCAUGGGAACGCCAGGCAAUAUGUCCCUAGGUCUUACCCAGGCAUUUGCCUCCACAUUGGAUGGUAAUUGGGUUGACACCCAAGCGGAAUCUGCCACCGUACCUUUCUCCCUCCCAGAUCCUGGUCAUGCUGUUCCUCGGCUUCGAAAGGAGGAAUCAGAGAUUCUUGUCCCAGACAGCCAGCCCCAGGACAAAGACUUUACGGAGGACUACACGCAGGGUGUGACCCGAGUCUCAGAGUCGCCUGCGCCAUAUGCCUUCUCGGAGUAUUCCCAAUCCCAGCUGCCCGACCCAACCCAGGACGAGGGCUUUGUAUUCUCACCAUUCGAUCCUGCGAAAAGAUUCAGGGGUACCCCGCCCAUGUCUACCGUCGAUACCGUCCUUGUGGGUCAAACUCAGUCGCCCAUUGCUGACCGCAAACGCAAAAUGUUACGGCGAGGACGUGCAAUUGAACUCUCUCAGGUCGACGAGAAUCACAAUGAAGGUGACUUUGAGAUCGACGCCAAUGCCUUCAAUGUCAUGAAGAAGGCCGUAAAGAAGAAUCCUGCCCCACAAUACAACAAGAAAAACAGCAAGGCGAAAGACAUUGUCGAUGAGGCCGCCGAAGAAUCCGAAGAUGAAUAUGCCGGCCUUGGAGGUCACAGUGAUGAGAGUGAUGGUGAAGAAAACGCCAUUGAUCGCCAAAUGAUCAAUGACAACAGUGGCGAGGUGGUUGAUGAGAAACAACUUGCGGCACUUAAUGCGGUUCACGAUCGCAACCGCGACGAGAAAGAUGUCGCCAAGUUGAUGAGAGAUAUCACCACUGGAGCCCUCCGUCGCCGCAAGAAUGCGGAUGAUGACUUUGACCUCGACGACUCAGACGAUGAGCUCCUAGCACGUCGUCGUGAGAAGCAACGAGAGUUUGCUAAGAUGCGCCGCGCUCUCCUUGCAGACGAGAAGAUCGGCGAGAUUGCCGAGAAUCCCAAGAAGGCCGCAUUUUUCAAGGCUGUUGAGGAUCGCGAAAUUGAUGAUGACUUCAAUAUCGACUUCCUGGAGGAGGAAGAGGUUGACUCCCAAGGACAAGCAUCACAGGACCCUGUUACGGGAGAACAGUCGAAUGAUGCGACGAGCGAUGGCCAAACCCGCAAGCGCCCUCUCGAACCCUCGACCGAAGAUGCAACCAACCGUCCGCCCGCUCGCCUCCGUCGCACCCCCGCCAGCGCAAUGUCCAAGAAACCAGCUACCAUAGCAGAGAUCCGUGAAACGUUGUCCUUCCUAACUGAAACCCCCGAUUACGACUCCUUCCAGGACGAUGCCUCCCUCGAUGAUAGAGAAGACGAGCAAGAAGAUGAAGACACCCCUGGCGCGGAAGAAGCCCAAGACCAUGACGAUCAGUCGCAGUCGGACAAGACGUUCGCCAAACCCAGCCACCCACGCCGCACGCGCGGAGUCGUGGUCGACCGCCUUGCACUCCUCCGACAAGCAUCCUCCAACUCCGCCACGGGCACUAACUCUGGCCCCGCAAACUCCAAGCUUGCAUUCCAUAACGGCAGCGACGGAGAGGGUCCUAUUGGAUUCCGCCCUCCUCAACUUCUGCGUCGUGUUACAACUGGCUCUUCAUCUUCCAGCAGCUCAAACACCUCCAACCGUGUCUCCAAAGCUGCAGCUUCUGGUCCCAAGAAGGGCGGUGCCGUCAACUCGUAUACAGCUGCGCGUGAGCGUGAGCGUGAAAAGGAGCUCCGCAUCAAGCAGCGCAGUGGAGGUUCUAACAUUGCCAAGCUGCUGGGUAAGCAUACUGGUGGUGGUUUGGGUGGGUUGGAUAAGGGCCAAUGGGACUGA